GAUGUGUGAAAUUUAUCACUAAUUAUUCUAUUGCAUAUCUGCAGGAAUGCUACAGAACGGUAAAAAGUUUGACUCCUCGCGAGACAGAAACAAGCCCUUUAAAUUUAAAAUCGGCCGACAGGAAGUCAUCAAAGGCUGGGAGGAAGGUGUUGCACAGAUGAGCCUAGGCCAGCGGGCGAAGAUCACCUGCACUCCAGAUAUGGCAUAUGGAGCCACAGGGCACCCUGGGGUCAUCCCUCCUAAUGCCACACUCAUAUUUGAUGUGGAGCUGCUCAAGCUGGAGUAAAUCCUCCUCUUCAGAAGGAAGAAACUCUAACAAUCUGCCCCACCAUGGAAAUGCUUCCUGUGAAUUUAGGGUCUCAAACUACACACUCGGAAUAUUCUCGUCUUCGUCGUCUGCGAUGUGCUGCAUAUUUGACCUAGCUCCUUUUAAACAUGUGCAACACUACAAAUCUAGUUUGCUUAUAAGCAAUGUCAU